UUUACAUCAUGGUUUCACCUUGUUUUUUACAUCAUGGACCAGUAGUGUUGUAGAUCACAAAAGAUUGUUGUAGAUCACAAAACAUAUACAUAUAAAAUUGUAGAUUGUUGUGAUUUUUGUUAAGAAUGGACGUCUAUCUGUUAACAUUUGUCGCUGCGGCGAUUAUUUUAUUAACUGUCAUAUGUACAGUUUUCUUACAAAAUUCUUAAGUAAAAUAACCAUAACAUAUUGAUAAUUAUCCAGAAUACUCCACCACCUUCAAUUUUGACAAAAUUAGUCAUUCGACGUGUUCUGUAUGAAAUGAACGAAUCUGACAAAUUUAAAAGUAUGGUACUACAGUCUUCAUAGAAAACGGAUAUCCAAGGACAAGCAAAGAAGAAUGAAUUUGACAGAAAAAAGUUACUCUGCUCCGCGAACCGAGAUUAAUCGUUGAAGUUGAUAGUUGCAUAGCUAUGCGGAAAGUACGAGUCAACGCUCGAGAUGCUAGUAUGGCUGAAGCUAGACCAUUGAGGCGAGUAGGUGCUGUAAGAAAUGUCAGACGUCGUAUGCAGGGAAAUGCUAAUUACCGACCUGAAGAGGACAAUAGACAUAACGACGUUGACCAAGAUAACGACGAUGAUGACAAAGCAGAAUUGCCAGAACAUAAGGUAGGAGCAAAGAAACGGGCAAAACUAGCAGCUAAAGCUGAAAAGAAGAUCCAAAGAGAGACAGCUGAACGAGAAAGGCAGGAACGUAAAAAACGAGAUCAACUUUUACAAGAAGAAAGAGAAAAACAGGCUGAAAAGGAACACGCUGAACAGAUACAAAUGGAAGAAGUGGAAAAGAAAACUAAAGAGGAAAAAGAGAAACGAGAGUAUGAAGAAUAUUUGAAGAUGAAGGAAGCUUUUAACAUAGAGGAGGAAGGUUAUGGACAAAAAAAUAAGGAAUGCGAGGAAAAUAUAUUGCAAGAAUUUCUUGCAUAUAUAAAGAUGAACAAGGUACUGGUUUUAGAAGAUCUAGCUGCACAUUUUGGAUUGAAGACAGCAAAUGUAGUUGAAAGAAUUCAACAACUACAAGCGAAUGGUAAUUUAACCGGCGUAAUUGAUGAUAGAGGCAAAUUUAUUUAUAUUUCGGAAGAUGAACUUAAAAUUGUCGCUAAGUUUGUGCGACAACGUGGUCGAGUUAGUAUUAGUGAAUUAGCUGAAAAUUCAAAUAAUCUAAUUAAUUUAACUCCUACAAAAAACUGUAGCAUUUCAGUUAGUUAGAUGGUACUUUAAGUUUUUAUUGUACAUGUACUGAUUAGUAAUAAACGAAUAUGAUUAUUGUAUAUAGUAAGAAAGUAAUACUCUAAUAAAAGAAUGGUAUAGAAAGAUGGGUCAAUAAACGAGCAAUUAAAAGGAUAUAGCAAAUAUAUUAUAAUUUUAUAACAGUAUUGAACUAUAAUAACAGGAAUGUUUUGCCUCAUCUUCAGCCUAAUAUGAAUAAUUUACAAUAUUUACAUAAUAUAAAUCUGAACGUAAUAUAAAUAUAUGAAAACACUGAAUAUCGAAAUCAUUGGAUGCGUAUCAAAGUUCUUAUAUAAGUGUAUAAUCGCAAUAUUGAUGAAAUGUUUUCUUUAAUGAUGUCAUUUCGUAAAACAAUUUAACAAUGUCCAAAAUUAAGAUCAAAUCUUGUUAGGAACAUGUGUGUCAAUCAGCAUGUGCCAAUUAUGUAUGCAAUGAAUUGAUUUUUCAUAUGUUCCAUCAAUUAUUGGCUCGUCAAUAGUGAUAGCGAAUAGAAGUAUUGUCAAAAACUGAGAAACGCAUUCUGUUAAAUAUCUGAAUCAACUGAUGGCCAUGGAACAUAUACAAAAUUUUCAUGGGAUAACAUCAUAAAGAAAACAUUUCGUCAAUAUUGCAAUUAUAUAUAAAAACUUUGAUAUGCUCAAUAUUCAGCAUUUUUGUAUAUUUAUAUUAUGUUUAAGUUUAUAUAAAUUAUUGUUAUUAGAUUGAAAAUGACUAAGCAAAGUUCCUUUUAUUAUAGUUCAAUAUUGUGUUAUCAAAUUAUAACAUAUUUGAUAUAUCUUUUUUAAUAGUUCGUUUAUUGACCUGUUAUUCUAUUGUUUAGAAAUAACGAGAGUAUAAAA